AUGUAUCCCUCACUCAAGUUCGCUUGUUCGUUUUUACUGAUCCUUACCAUAAUCCUUAUCAACUCACCCCCCUCUUCAUCGACGACUCCGUCAAGUCCAGGCUGCCCGCUCUCGACAAAGUGUCCGUAUUACUCGUCUUUGAUCUCUCAUUCCCCACUUCCUUCCGUUGACUGGUCAAAUUCAGCCUGCCCGCUAAAGGACAAAUGUCCAUACUUUGAGAAACUCAGGAAGGAAUUUGAUGAUAAUAACGGCGUCUUGGGUGAUGGAUGUCCGUAUAUGAGUAAAUGUCCGCACGCACAUGACAAAGAGAAGACGCCCGGAGACGUCAACAACUGUCCGCAUUUUAAGCACGGCGCGGAGGGACAUGGGGAUGUGACCAAAUGUCCGCAUUUGAACAAGAAGAAGGAAGAGGCAGCGAAAGACGAGUUGUAA